CUCGUGCCGCCGCCUCAGGGGUGCCGACUUCUCCUGCUUCCAAACGUUGGGAAGUUUGCCAGGCUCCGCUUUGCAGCUGCAGCAGCAGCUCUUGGGUGAGAAGAAGCGAGGGUGGAGGUUGCCCUGGCGGGACUCCUCCUCCGAGGGCAGGGCCGGGGGCGGGCAGGCGGAGCAGCAGGGAGCUGCCGCCGGAGUGAGGAGCCCCAGUCUCUCUGUUGCUGGUGCUUGGAGUCGAGAGGCGUUGGUGGUGCAGAGCAAAGGAGCAGCUGCCGCUUGAGCCGAGCCGAGCCGCGCUGCGAGCCCUGCCCCCCCGGCCCGUCCUGGCGCCUGGUGGCGGCCAGAGCAGGGUCGCCAGGCACCGCCGCGGGAGGGCUGAAGACCAGGGCGCCGCCGCCGCCAGCACCGCAACGAGGAGGAGGCGGCGACCCGGAGAACUCCACUUUCUUCUUGUGGCUGCCCAAGGAGGGAAGGAGGAGAGCUUGCCUGGUGCAGGGGCUGGAGCUGCGGCAGGGGUCGCUACCAUGAGGCGGCUCGGGGGCUCCCUCCCGCCGCCUCUGCUGGUCUUGCUGCAGUUAGGAGCUCUUUGCUACGUGCGAGGAGCAGCUAGCAGCAGCGCUGAAUGUUCCUGUGGACGCAACCAUUUCACCUGUGCAGUUAGUGCCUUUGGAGAAUGCACUUGCAUCCCCGCCCAAUGGCAGUGUGAUGGCGACAAUGAUUGCGGGGACCAUAGUGAUGAAGACGGCUGCAUGCUGCCCACUUGUUCUCCCUUGGAUUUUCACUGUGACAAUGGCAAGUGUAUCCGUCGUUCAUGGGUCUGUGACGGAGACAAUGACUGUGAGGACGAUUCUGAUGAGCAAGACUGUCCACCACGGGAAUGUGAAGAGGAUGAGUUCUCAUGUCAGAAUGGAUACUGCAUACGCAGCCUAUGGCAUUGUGAUGGUGACAACGACUGUGGAGACAACAGCGAUGAACAGUGUGAUAUGAGGAAGUGUUCAGACAAAGAAUUCCGUUGCAGUGAUGGCAGCUGCAUAGCUGAGCACUGGUUCUGUGAUGGUGAUACAGACUGCAAGGAUGGCUCCGAUGAAGAGAACUGUCCUUCGGACAUUCCAGCAGCAACGUGUAGCCUGGAAGAGUUCCAGUGUGCGUAUGGGCGCUGUAUCCUGGACAUCUACCACUGUGAUGGAGAUGAUGACUGUGGGGACUGGUCUGAUGAAUCGGACUGCUCCUCUCAUCAGCCAUGCCGCUCUGGUGAGUUUAUGUGCAACAGUGGUUUGUGCAUCAAUGCUGGGUGGAGAUGCGACGGUGACUUUGACUGCGACGACCAGUCAGAUGAGAAGAACUGCACUACAUCUAUGUGCACAGCUGACCAGUUCCGCUGUAAAUCUGGCCCCUGUGUCCGCUUGUCUUGGCGCUGCGAUGGGGAGGAUGAUUGCUCUGAUAACAGUGAUGAGGAAAACUGUGAGGAUACAGGAAGUCCCCAAUGUGCCCCUGACCAGUUUCUGUGUGGGAAUGGGCGCUGCAUUGGUCAAAGAAAGCUGUGCAAUGGUGUAAAUGACUGUGAAGAUGGCAGUGAUGAGAGUCCUGACCAAAAUUGCCGCCCUCGAACUGGAGAGGAAAACUGUAACCUUGGCAAUGGGGGCUGUGCCCAGAAGUGCCAGAUGACUCGAGGGACCGUGCAGUGUACCUGCCACACAGGUUACAGGCUCUUGGAGGAUGGCCGGUCAUGUCAAGAUGUGGAUGAAUGUGCAGAGGAAGGUUAUUGCAGCCAGGGCUGCACCAACAGUGAGGGGGGUUUCCAGUGCUGGUGUGAGCAAGGCUAUGAGCUUCGCCCAGACAAGCGCAGCUGUAAAGCACUGGGACCAGAGCCCGUGCUGCUUUUUGCCAAUCGGAUUGAUAUCCGGCAGGUUUUGCCCCACCGCUCAGAGUACACUUUACUCCUAAACAACCUAGAAAAUGCAAUUGCGCUUGAUUUCCACCACAGUAAGGAGUUAGUCUUCUGGUCUGAUGUCACACUGGACCGCAUCAUGAGGGCUAACCUGAAUGGCAGCAAUGUGGAGGAGGUAGUGUCCACAGGCUUGGAGAGUCCCGGUGGACUCGCCAUUGACUGGAUCCACGAUAAGCUGUACUGGACAGACUCUGGGACAUCUCGCAUUGAAGUGGCAAACUUGGAUGGCACCCACAGGAAGGUGCUUCUGUGGCAGAACCUAGAAAAACCUCGAGCAAUUGCUCUUCAUCCCAUGGAGGGCACCAUCUACUGGACAGACUGGGGAAAUACUCCUCGCAUUGAAUACUCCAACAUGGAUGGCUCCAAUCGGCGCAUCAUUGCCGACACUCACCUUUUCUGGCCAAAUGGGCUGACCAUUGACUAUGCAGGGCAUCGGAUGUACUGGGUAGAUGCCAAGCACCAUGUUAUUGAGAGGGCUGACCUGGAUGGACAGAACAGAAGGGCUGUUAUUAGCCAAGGCCUUCCACAUCCUUUUGCCAUCACAGUGUUUGAAGAUAGCCUAUACUGGACGGAUUGGCACACCAAGAGCAUAAACAGCGCAAACAAAUUUACUGGCAAAAAUCAGGAGAUCAUCCGCAACAAGCUUCAUUUCCCCAUGGAUAUCCACACGUUGCACCCUCAACGCCAACCAGCAGCAGGUAUAAAUCGUUGUGGAACUAAUAAUGGGGACUGCACUCAUCUCUGCCUACCGAACAACAAGGGUUACACCUGUGCCUGCCCCACAGGCUUUCGGAAUACCAGCAGCCAUACCUGUGCCAAGAGUCUUGACAAGUUCCUGCUUUUUGCCCGAAGGAUGGACAUCCGUCGUAUCAGCUUCGACACAGAAGACCUGUCCGAUGAUGUCAUUCCCUUGGCUGAUGUGCGCAGUGCUGUGGCUCUGGACUGGGAUGCAAAGGAUGACUAUGUCUACUGGACAGAUGUCGGCACUGAUUCCAUUAGUCGGGCAAAAUGGGAUGGAACAGGCCAGGAGGUUGUGGCAGAUUCCAGUCUGGAAAGCCCAGCGGGUCUGGCUAUUGAUUGGGUCACCAACAAGUUGUACUGGACUGAUGCAGGAACAGACCGGAUAGAGGUGUCCAACACAGAUGGGACUAUGCGGACUGUGCUGAUAUGGGAGAAUCUAGACAGACCCAGAGAUAUUGUGGUGGAUCCUGUUGGAGGGUUCAUGUACUGGACUGACUGGGGGGUUAGCCCCAAGAUUGAGCGUGCAGGGAUGGAUGCUUCUAGUCGCUUGGUGAUCAUCUCUUCCAACCUGACCUGGCCCAAUGGAUUGGCCAUUGACUAUGAGUCUCAGCGCCUGUACUGGGCAGAUGCUGGCAUGAAGACAAUUGAGUAUGCUGGCCUGGAUGGCAGUGAUAGGAGGGUAUUAAUUGGAAGCAAUCUGCCUCAUCCCUUUGGGCUUACUCUUUAUGGAGCUCAGAUCUACUGGACUGACUGGCAGGCAAAGAGCAUUCAGAGUGCUGACAAAAGGACAGGGCAGGGCCGUGAAACACUGCAGGACAACCUGGAGAACCUCAUGGACAUCCACGUCUUUCAUCGGCACAGACCUUCAGUACACACAGCAUGCAAAGUUAAUAACGGUGGAUGCAGUCAUCUUUGCCUCCUGGCCCCGCUCCCCAAAGGUUACAGUUGUACUUGUCCCACUGGCAUUAAUCUACAAUCAGAUGGCAAGACUUGCUUACCAGGAAUGACAAGCUUUUUGAUCUUUGCUAGAAGGGCAGACAUUCGCCUGGUUUCACUUGACAUCCCAUAUUUUGCUGAUGUAGUUGUUUCUAUCAAUGUUACCAUGAAAAACACCAUUGCCAUUGGAGUGGAUCCUCAGGAAGGAAAGAUUUAUUGGUCAGACAGUACGUUGCGGAAGAUCAGCAGGGCAGCCCUGGAUGGCUCACAGUACGAAGAUAUCAUUACUACAGGGUUACAAACCACGGAUGGAUUAGCAGUGGACGCUAUUGGUCGGAAAGUAUACUGGACUGACACAGGAACCAAUAGGAUUGAAGUUGGUAACCUGGAUGGAUCAAUGAGGAAGGUUUUGGUGUGGGAAAACCUGGAUAGCCCAAGAGCAAUUGCACUGUAUCAUGAGAUGGGGUUUAUGUAUUGGACAGAUUGGGGUGAGAAUGCUAAGCUAGAAAGAGCUGGGAUGGACGGCUCCAGACGCACAGUGCUUAUCAGCAAUAACCUGGGAUGGCCGAAUGGCCUAGCAGUGGAUAAGGCUGGAUCACAACUACUCUGGGCUGAUGCACACACUGAGCGCAUUGAGGCUGCAGACCUGAAUGGUGCAAACCGCCGCACGCUGCUCUCUCCAGUGCAGCACCCUUAUGGCCUUGCUUUACUGGAUUCCUACAUAUACUGGACUGACUGGCAAACACGCAGCAUACACCGGGCUGACAAGAAUACUGGUGCCAAUGUCAUAUUAGUAAGGUCAAAUCUGCCUGGUCUGAUGGACAUCCAGGCAAUUGACAGGGAGCGCCCACUUGGUGCUAACAAGUGUGGCAGGAAGAACGGUGGUUGCUCCCAUCUCUGCCUACCACACCCUGGAGGUUUCUCCUGUGCUUGCCCUACUGGUAUCCAACUGAAGAGAGAUGAGCAGACCUGUGAUCCUUCUCCUGAAACCUACCUGCUCUUUUCAAGCCGUGGCUCCAUCCGGCGUAUCUCACUAGAUACUAGUGAUCAUACUGAUGUUUAUGUCCCUGUCCCAGAGCUGAACAACGUUAUCUCUUUAGACUAUGACAGUGUAGAUGGCAAGAUUUACUACACAGAUGUUUUCUUGGAUGUCAUCAGGCGAGCAGAUCUGAAUGGCAGCAACAUGGAAACAGUUAUUGGCCAAGGGUUGAAGACAACAGAUGGCCUGGCAGUGGACUGGGUGGCAAGAAACUUGUACUGGACAGACACAGGGCGCAACACAAUUGAAGUUGCAAGACUAGAUGGCAGCUGCAGGAAAGUGCUAAUUAACAACAGUCUGGAUGAGCCCCGAGCCAUCGCUGUCUUUCCUAGGAAGGGAUAUCUCUUCUGGACAGACUGGGGGCACAUUGCUAAAAUUGAGCGUGCAAACUCUGAUGGUUCUGAGCGUAAAAUAUUGAUUAACACUGACUUAGGCUGGCCCAAUGGAUUGACCUUGGAUUAUGACACUAGGAGGAUUUAUUGGGUGGAUGCUCACCUAGACCGCAUAGAGAGUGCCGAUCUCAAUGGGAAGCUGCGUCAGGUGCUGGUCAGCCAAGUGUCACAUCCCUUUGCCUUGACUCAGCAGGACAGGUGGCUGUAUUGGACAGACUGGCAAACUAAAUCUAUCCAGCGAGUGGACAAAUAUUCUGGUCGUAAUAAGGAGACAGUGUUAGCCAAUGUUGAAGGGCUUAUGGAUAUCAUUGUGGUCUCUCCUCAGAGGCAAACAGGCACCAAUGCUUGUGGAGUGAAUAAUGGAGGCUGUACCCACCUCUGCUUUGCCAGGGCGUCUGACUUUGCUUGCGCAUGUCCAGAUGAACCAGAUGGGCUGCCUUGCUCCACUGUUCCUGGUAUGGGGCCUCCAGUUCCUGAGACCACUUAUGCAAGCAAAAGGAGACAGACUACCACUGGUAAAGCAGGCUCUUCAACAACCAAGCCCCAUACUUCCUUGGAAACAACAGAAGGAAACUGUUCUGGCAAAGAGGCUGGUCAAGACCUGUGCAGCCGGGCAAAUGAAGCUGUGCUGGCAACUACAGGAGAAGGGCUGCAUGUCAGUUACAUUAUUGGAGGCCUUCUCAGUGUCUUGAUCAUUUUGCUUCUAAUUGGUGCUGUGAUUAUAUACAGGCACAAGAAAUCAAAGUUCACAGAUCCUGGUCUGGGUAACCUUACUUACAGUAACCCCUCUUACCGGACAUCUACCCAAGAGGUGAAGAUUGAAACAGUUCCCAAACCAGCCAUGUAUAACCAACUAUGCUUUAAGAAAGAGGCUGUCCCUGAUCACAGCUACACCAAAGAAAAGAUCAAGAUUGUAGAAGGGAUAUGCCUCUUGUCUGGUGAUGACUCUCAGUGGGAUGACCUCAAACAGAUUCGGAGCUCUCGGGGAUGUAUCCUCCGAGACCACGUCUGCAUGAAGACUGAUACUGUCUCUAUCCAAGCCAGCUCUGGUUCACUGGAUGACACUGAAACAGAGCAACUGUUGCAGGAGGAGCAGUCAGAAUGCAGCAGCAUCAACGCAGCAACUACUCCUGAGCGUCGUGGCUCCCUCCCAGACACAGGCUGGAAGCACCAACGUAAACCCUCAACAGAGAGUGGCGUCUAAAGUACACAGAGAGACACUUGUCCCUCUUCCUCCUCCUCCUCUGACAUCCUUCGCACUGAUGAGAUAGGAUCCAACCUGCUAUUCAAGGAGGAACUCAAAGACUAGCCUCUGUGUCACAUAGAGCCCAGAGACUACCUUUUGGCAAGGAGCCUGAGCUAGACUGUGCUUUGUGGCUGGUGGGACAUAACCCAGAGACCUUUUUGGCUCACUCUUAAUGUGUAUAUUAAUUUAUAUGUUCCUUUCUCCUAGAAGUUGUGACUUUGAAUUCAGCAACAGCUUUUCUUGGCUGAGUCUGACGCAGCUUCCGUUUGGUCUGGUGCACCAGCAAGCCACGAACUCUGCACUAUCAGUGGCCGUAUCAAAGCAGAGUUCCUCAUACCUGUGACCUUUUAAUUGGAGGCCAUUGGCACUAGUUGGAUUUUGCACUGCAUUCUUUCUACAUUAAUGCUGAGAGGGCUGGGGCCAGGUGAAGUGAGAAAGGUGAUGUAACAACAGGUCACAUUUGCAGCUACUUGUAUGCAGAAAGAGAAAAUACAGCUGGGAUUUAUUUUCCAGAGGUCACUAAAAUAUCACUGCCAUCUUUUCAAGCUGGGAAACGAUUGUCAAAUUCAACAUAGGGUGUGAGACAUUCAAGGGGUAAAGCACUGAGUCUGUUGCUGGCAAUAGACAUUGCUUCUGCUGUGUCCAGUUCAUCAUGCCAGACUGCCUAUUCCCUUCCUAAAAUAUAUUUCUGAUUUUUGCAGCUAGAACUUACGUACCUGUUCCCUGGGGGGACUAAUUCUUUAUUUUUAAUGACUCUUCCCAUUAGCUUGGACUUGCAAGGAAAUGCUGGGUAUAUGUAUACAUCCUAACUCUUCAUUAUUCCAGUUCACAGGUCCAUCCUGUGGAAAUGUGUGCUACUGAAAAUAAUUUUUAGCCUGUGGAACAUAAGUGAACAUUAUGUAGUUUGGAAUAGAAUUGGACAAGAAGUGUACUCUUGACUCCAAAUGCAAGGUCUAGCUCCAACAUGCUACUGGAGUAUGAGUCUUUUUAUAACCCUUUCUGCCAGAAUUUUUCCUUAGAAGUUGUGGAAGAAAGGGCUUGCUUGCACCUUCCUCUGGUACCUGCUGUACAGGUUGAGCUAUAAGAGUAUGGUGUCAAAAAGUGGGUCUGUGCAAUUGGGAGAUGAUGGAUAUGUAGGGUUAGGAGAGGGCAAAUAGAUAAUGCAGGAGGCAUGCUAAUAGGUCUGUGUAAAGUGUCAUCUAUCCUUAUUAAAAGUAAGAAAUAUACCCUAUCAUGCCUAUGCUGUAAAAGGAGACAGGAGGCUGAGAAAUUGUGCCUUUCCAGAAAAUGUGGUUUGUGCAACAGUUGUUGAAUGGGAUCCAGAUAUCAUUUGGCAGAAUAGCACUUCUGUUGCAAGGAAUUGCAUCCAGUACAUAAGAACAGCCCUGCUGGAUCAGGCCCAAAGCCUAUCUGGUCCAGCAUCCUGUUUCACACAGUGGCCCACCAGAUGCCUCUGGGAAACCCACAGGCAAGAGCUGUUGUCAUCCUGCUGUUGCUCCCUUACAACUGGUACUUAGAAGCAUCUUGUCUCUUAGGCUGGAGGUGGCCUAUAGCCCUCAGACUUGUCCUUCAUGAAUUUAUCUGAGCCCUUCUGAAAGCCAUCCAAGCUGGUGGCUAUCACCGCAUCUUGUGGCAGAGAAUUCCAUAGGUUAAUUAUGCGUUGUGUGAAAAGUACUUCCUUCUAAACUAAAAAGCCUCAAAUGUUGUAGCCUUGUCUCGUAAGGUACUCUAGGUCCUUGAUCAUCUUAGUUGUCCUCCUCUGCACCUUCUCCAGUUCUAUAAUGUCCUUUUUGAGGUACAGAGACCACAAUUGUACACAGUACUCCAAAUGUGGCCACAUCAUGAAUAAAUUAUGAUAUUAGCA